UCUCAGAAAGCAGACACGUUCGUCUAAAGCAGAGAGUUUUCCGUUCGUUCAUUAUACUCUAUUGAGUUUGAGUUCUGUUAUAGUCUGCGAUGGCAUUUCAGAAGGUUUGUUUCCUGAUGUGGCAGUUGAUUGGUCUUGGAUUGGCCCAAACUGAUGGUCCUGUCGCACAGGUAGAGACCAGGGAGUUAGAAGCGAUACGCCAAGCAUCAUGCCCACACAACUAUCAGAUGUACAAUAACUUCUGCUAUCGGGUCUUUAACACUCUGAAAACAUGGGACCAAGCCGAAUACGUCUGCAGACUGGAGGAGGGACCAAAUGGACAGGGUCAUCUUGUGUCCAUUCUUAGCGAGGAGGAGAACAUUUACGUGACUCAGCUUUGGCUUUCAAGCAGUGAACCAGCCACAAACUUUGCUACUAGUGCUAGAGCAGCUUGGAUCGGACUCAGUGAUACAGAUAGUGAUGGGGACACUGGUUUCCUUUGGUCUGACGGGGAGGCGUUUGGCUACAGUGAUUUUAAGCGUCCACCCAACAGAGACACAUUCUGUGCAUUUCUAGUUCAUCGUGGAGGCUUUUGGACAACCGAUUCCUGCGAGACUAAAAGGCGCUUCAUUUGCAAGGUACCGCUGUGAAUCUCAGUGACUGUCAGCUGCAGCUGCCAACUACAAUCCCGGCCAUAUCUCGUUGGGCCCCCCUGCACCAGGGCUCCGUGCCCCCUUUCAAUGUUAGCUCUCAUUGCGCAGUCUGCGCUCCCAUCGACAUUGAGUGGGACGGGGGAGAGUCACGUUGUGAAUGGGUGGCCCAAGCAUUAAGGCCGGGAUUGUAGCUCGACACACCGUCAUGGUACUCCGUACAUCACUCUAAACAUUCUCAAGUUGCUUCCCUAGUUAUCAAAACAAUUAAUUGCUUUCAAUAUAAGUAGGAUUUGAAACUUUGCAUGGUGGAAAUACGAUAUAGCAAGGUUUCCAGUAACACCAUGUAAUGAUA